AUGACAUUUGAGGCUGGUGUGCAAAUACUUCUAAAAGUAUCACCCAUUAAAGGGGUGAUGAGAUUUGGCAAGAAGGACAAACACAGUCCUUAUUACAUUGGCUCUUUUAAAAUUCUUGAUUGUGUGGGGCCAGUGGCGUAUAGGUUGGCCUUACCACCUAGCUCUGGAGUACACCCAAUUUUCCAUGUGUCUAUGCUAGAAAAGUACCAUGGGGAUGGGGACUACAUCAUUAAAUGGGACUCAGUGUUAUUAGACAAGGAACUUCAGUAUGAGAAAGUGCCAGUUGUAAUUCUUGAUCGUGAUGUUCGAAAAUUAAGGACUAAGGAGAUCAAUAUGGUUAAAGUGCAAUGGAAACAUCAUUCGGUAAAAAAAGCUACUUUAGAGACUGAAAAAGACAUAUGA